AUGGAGGAGAUGGAAAAGGAGGACAAGACGGCGGGGAUGGUGGAUUACGAUCCUGGUAGCAAGUGGACCAAAACAUUCGGCCGUAGUGAAUACAAGGGCUUUGAGGAAUGGAUAGAACGGACUUAUAAAUGUGACGAUGGUCGCCAAAUGGAUUUUGCAAUUGCAGGAAUGCGAAAACUUCUUUGCACUGUUUACGAUUUCAGAAUGGUUUUGAAAGGGGUCAAAGGAACUAUGGGUACGGAAGGAGGUAGUAAUGGCGUCGGAGGGGAAGGAGGAAAUCGAGGAGAGUUCUUAGCGAGAAGAAUAUCUUCAGGAGAUCGAAUAAGUGGUUGUGGCAGACCUGGCGACCCUGGUAGUAAUGGAAAUGACGUUGCUCUCAUCGAUCAAUCCGGUGGUGGAAAUCCAUGGGAGAAACGGGUUGACCGCUACUAUUAUGGCCACAAGAGUCAGCAAAGCAUCAGUUAUACCUAUCACUAUGACUCGCAGGCGUAUACUAGGCUCAGUGGAUAUAGAAAGUACAUACAAAAGAAGGCGGACUGUUUUGUAGGCUUUAGCACUAGCAGUGUUGAUAGGAUUCAGUGCACAAAAAACGCAGAAAAGAGGAACGCCAGCGAUCGACAAAGACGAUCACAAGCUGUUAGUAAGCAGAACAUAUCAGUUGAUGCCGUUCUAGAGGAAUUCAUGGAAAAAUGUGUUAAAGAAGAAAUCGAUGUCCACUACAAUGAAAAGGAGCAGUUUAAUGUACACGUGGUCGAAGAAACAGAAGAAGACCAAAAGAUGAAAGAGCAAAUUACAGUGGUGAAAGAUCAUGUGAUUUGCGAACUUCACACAAUAGAGAAAGAGGAAGGAAAAGUUGUUAGGACAGAAGAAGUGGAGAAGCGCAUUCAGAGAGCUGUGAAUGAUAAA